AUGGCGCGGAUGACGCUCCUCCUCCUCCUGCUGCUCCUCCUCCUCCUGGGCACGGCCGCCGCCGACACCACCUCCACUACCAGCAGCACGGCCGCCGACACCAUGUACACCACCACCAGCAGCAGCGAACCGACGAGCGACCAACAGCAGCAGCAGGCGUCGUCGCCAUCAUCAUCAUCAUCAUCAUCCUCUCCAGCAGGAGCAGGAGCAGAAGCAGAAGCAGCAACACCAUCAUCAUCGUCUCCAACAGGAGCAGAAGCAACACCAUCACCGUCCUAUCCAGCAGGAGAAGCAGCAACACCAUCAUCGUCUCCAGCAGCAACAACACCGGCAUCGUCUCCGGCAGGAGCAGGAGCACCGCCGCCCCCGCCGGGGGCGGGGUUCUACAAGGGCAUGUCCCGCGAGUUCGUGAACGAGCACAACAAGGUGCGCGCCAAGUACGACGCGCCGACGCUGGCGUGGGACAAGACGCUGGCCCUGUACGCGCGGCGGUGGGCGGCGCAGAUACAGCAGGACUGCGACCAGGCCCGGCACUCGCCGCAGGCCCAUCCGCUGGGGUACGGCGAGUGCUUCUUCGUGGGCAACAAUGGCACCGCGGAGGACGCGCUGUGCAGCUGGGAGAGGGAGGAGUACAUCUACGAGAAGGGCACCAAGCACUGCACCUCCGGCCACGACUUCCGCGAUUGCGGCCACUUCGUCAUCAUGAUCGAGAAGACGUACCACUACGUCGGCUGCGGCCGCGCCCCCUGCCUCACCGGCCCCCGUCAGGGCCAGUUCUUCAUCUCCUGCAACUACAGCGCCGUUAGGCCCAACACCACCACCGCCUCCGCCUCCAACCCCACCUGA